CCGGACACUCGAGUUAAUUUCAUGCAUGGACCCAACUCCCGUGGAACAUGGGAGAUUCUCUGGGGCUCUCUCUUCCCCAUCUUUGCUUGCACAUGGACCAUCCAACACCCCAAUAUCCCGAGACAGUAUGGCAGCCAUGACGGACGGUUUGCGACAACCUUCAAGCGAAAGCUCGAAAGCCUUCAGGACGAUAUGCUUCUCUUUGUCAUCACAAUCCUCGCACCUGAGAUCACCAUAGCAGUCGCCUCUUGCGAACUCGUAUCAGCCUGUGCCACUCGCCGUCGGCUCAAAGCCUUGUGUCUCAGAGAACAGAACACCAGUCGUGCCAGCGCCAUGUGGUCUCUCUCCAAAGUCCGCUACGCCAACAUGGGCGGCUUCGUUCUCACAACCGAGACCGAACCCAGCAAUCCUUGCCGAGACUACAUCUUCCUCACCGCAUCCGAACUAGUCACCCUCUGGGACGACCAGCAUCUCGAACACCUUCCCGACAUCGCCGACUCCGACCUAGAAGACAAAUCCAAAAGCGACCUCCUCCUCAAAUUCAUUGCCAUGGCCGAGGUCCUCUGGGUCAUCACCCAGAUCUCUGCCCGAGCCUCACGCGGCCUGACCAUCUCCCCCCUCGAAAUCUCCGUCCUCGCCUAUGCGGUCUGCGCCAUUGUCACGUAUUUUCUCUACUGGGACAAACCCAAAAACGUCCGUACCCCCGUCAGAGUCCCCAUCACCCCGGCCCAGCACCAGUUGAUUUCUAAGGUGCUCAAGGAGUCCCGAAGCCGCACCAUGGGCAUCAACCUCUACGCCGAGUUCCUCCUCCCAAGGGAUGACCCAAUCCGUCGCGACCCGGGCGAGGACAUCCAUCGGCCGAUCGGGAACUUCACAGCCCUAGUCUCGCGGGACGGGAGCUCCCUCGUCACCAAGGCUGUUGGCGGAGUCGGGUACCUCGCUUUGUUAUUAUUCGCCGGGAUCCAUCUCGCUGCGUGGAACUUUGACUUUCCUUCCCGAGCAGAGCUUAUCGUCUGGAGACUCGCGACGGUGUAUACGGUUGGAUUCGGACCUGUAGCUCUUUCUGUGAACUUGAUUGUAAAACAUAUUUCCGUGGACUUAUUUGUAAAAAAGCUCAGGCUCAUGGGAAAGUACUCGGUGGCGGUCAGGGUUUCUAGUUCUAUCUACGUUCUCGCUCGGCUGGCAAUCGUUGUUGAGGCGUUUCGGACGCUCUUUUACCUCCCUUCAGAUUCUUAUGUUCCCACUUGGACUUCAAAUAUCCCACACUUUCUUAGCGAGUGA